CCAGCUCGGCCAAAGAUCUUGUUUUUCGUUUUACAUAUAUAUUUUCAGAAAGUCAAAAUCUAAUUUUUUAUUAAAAAAAAAAGAAAAAAGAAAAAAGAAAAAAGAAAAAAGAAAAAGGGAAAAUGGCUGACUUUGUUCCUGGUGUUGGGACUGCUGUGGUUGGCGAUGUGACAGAGAAAUUGGUUUAUCCAUUUUUUAAGCUAAUCUGGAUCCAAAUCACUCGUGUGCUCAAGUGGAAGUCCAAUGUAAAGAAUCUGAAGCGAAAGGCAGAGAAGCUUACCGAGGAAAUAGAACGUGUGUUGCAAUUUACUGAAGCUGCAAACAGAAGAGGGGAAGAGGUCGCCCUGAAUGUCAAGAAUUGGCUGACCAGAGCAGAGAAGUACAAGCGAGAGAUUGAGGAGUUAAGAGGGGACGAAGACAAAGCAAAGAAGAAGUGUUUUGCUGGAUUGUGUCCUAAUCCCAAAGUCCGUUACCAAAUUGGCAAGAAAGUAGAUAAGUAUAUGGAGGCUGUUGUUCCACUCCUAGAAGGAGCCUCCGGAUUCAAGUUCCCAGAUUCCUAUUUUCCUCCUCCAGAAGAGAUAUCCACCGCACCAGUUAAAGGCUUUGUGCAAUUUGACUCAAGAAUACCGAUUUUGAACCGUGUUAUGGAGGCCUUGAGAAGUGCUAGUGUUGACAAGAUAGGCAUCCACGGGAUGCCUGGUGUGGGCAAGACCAUGUUAGCCAAAAAGGUUGGCGGACAAGCCAGGGAAGAGCAGUUAUUUGAUGUGAUAGUUAUGGCUUCUGUGAAAAAGAAUCCAGACCUGAAAAAGAUUCAAGGAGAAAUUGCAGAACAAUUAGGUCUACAGCUUCAUGGGGAGACUGAAUUUGGGAGGGCCAAUCAACUAAAGGUGUAUUUGAAGAAAAAGAAGAAGAUUCUUGUGAUUUUAGAUGAUAUCUGGGCGGAGCUAGAUUUGGAUGAUCUUGGAAUUCCAUUUGAAAACAAAAAGAAUGAGGCAAGUUCAACUGUAGAAGAACAGAUGCAAUGCAAGAUUCUCUUCACAUCUAGAUAUCUCGAUGUUUUAUCUUGUAACAUGGGUAUUAAGGUAAACAUCCCAGUUGAUACAUUACAAGAUGGAGAAGCAUGGACACUUCUGAAGAAGAUAGUCAGUGAUGAAGUUGAAAAUUCUGAGUUCCUGGAAAAUUCUGAGUUACUGCUUACGGCGAGGGAGAUAGCGGAAAAAUGUGCGGGGCUGCCACUGGCUGUCGAAGCAGUAGCAAAAGCUUUAAAAGGUAAGGGUGCUCAUGUAUGGACAGAUGCUCUACGACAACUGAAAAGGCCCUCUCAAGAGAGCUUCACGGGGAUACCUGCACAUGUUUAUUCAGCAAUAGAAUUGAGUUACAACCAUUUAGAAGAAAAAGAGCUCCAGUUAACUUUCUUGCUUUGUUGUUUGUUGGGACACAAUUCUUCUAUCGAAGAUUUGCUAAGUUAUGGAAUUGGCUUAGAGUUAUUCCCUAAUGUCAAGACGACAGGAGAAGCUCGAAACAGAGUACUAACAUUGGUUAGUAAUCUAAAGUCCUCUUCUUUGCUGCUUGAUGGUCGUCACAAUGGUUGGUUUGAUAUGCAUGAUAUUGUACAUGAUGUCGCCAUAUCAAUUGCCUUAAGGAGCCGCCAUUUUUUAUCAAUAGCAGAAGACCAUAUACCGAAAGAGUGGUCCGAUGGGGAGGCAUUGAAAGAUUUCAAAUGGAUCAGUCUACAAAAUGCUAAUAGGAGUGAGCUUCCUGAUGAAUUGGAAUGUGUUUCAGAAGACAUGGCUAUUAUUGGCAAGCUGACGAGUUUGGAAGUCCUUAGCCUUUCAAAAUCAGAUAUUGUAGAGGUGCCGGCGGAAAUUGGACAGCUAACGCAGCUAAAGAUCUUAGAUUUGAAUGAUUGUACUAAACUCAAAAUGAUUCAGCCACAUGUCUUAGCGAGUUUGUCCAAACUAGAAGAGCUAUAUCUGAGAAAUAGCUUCGAUCAAUGGGAUGUUGGGGAAGGAGGAAAUCAAAGAAAUGCUAGCCUUGCUGAGUUGAAAGAUUUGCAUAACCUGGCUGCUUUAGAUGUACAUGUUUGUGAUGUCCAGCAAAUUCCAAAAGACUUGUUCUUUGAUAAAUUGAAAAGAUACAAGAUCUUCAUUGGAGAGGUGGGUAAUCACUGGGACAGUUCCUUCGAUAGCUCAAAAAUAUUGAAGCUGGAGCUGAAUACAAGCAAUAGUUAUGGUCAUUCAAUUGACAUGCUGUUGAAGAAAGCAGAAGAACUACAUCUAGAUGUGUUGAUAGGUUUCAAGAAUGUAGUUUGUGAGUUAGAAGCUGCAGGUUUUCAGGAACUGAAGUAUCUUUAUGUCAAAGAUGCUCCAGAGGUUCAACAUAUUGUUAACUUAGCGGGGUGUGUAUUUCCACUCUUGGAAGGACUUUUUCUGCAGAAUUUGAAUAAUUUGGUGAAGAUAUGUCAUGGCCGGUUCAGAGGAACAUCUUUUAGCAGAUUAAGCAUUAUAACUGUGAAAUAUUGUGAUCAGCUGAAAACUUUGUUCCCAUUCUCUGUAGCUAGAGAACUUCACAAACUCAAAGAAAUUAGAGUAAUGAAGUGUAGCAAUAUGACAGAGAUUGUUGAUGAGGAGUUGCAAGGGGUCAUGGAAAUAGCAGAAGCAAGUGAAACUUUUAAGCUUGGCCAACUACGGUCCUUGCAAUUGCAAUAUUUACCGAAGUUCAUUAGACUACGCCAUGGAAAUGAGGAAAAAAAUUAUUCAAGCUCCAACUCGGCACCACUCUUCGAUGAAAAGCUGGAGGAGUUACAAUUGUCCUGUAUUAACAUUAAGAGUAUAUGGGGCAGCCAGCUUUCAAUUGCAUCUUCUUGUAUUCAGAUUCUGACAAAAUUGAUCAUUGAGGGCUGUGAUCAUUUGGAACACCUAUUGUCAUCCUCAAUGGCUAAAAGUCUUGUAAACCUUAGAUGCCUUGAGAUAAAGAAAUGCAAGGAGAUAAUUGGACCAGAGAAUGCAGAAGAUAUGGAAGAUAUGAUUUCAUUCCCAACGUUAGAAAUCCUAAAGAUAGAACAUCUUGAAAAGCAUACUGGAAUUGAAGGGUUUCACAUUCAAUCAUGCGAGCACGAUAUGACAGGUGGACUAGAACCCCUUUUUAAUGAGAAGGUUUCGUUUCCCAGCUUGGAAAUUUUAUGGGUCAAAGGAUUAGAAUUGAGGAUCAUAUGGCACCACCAACUUUCUGCAAAUUCAUUCGGCAAACUAAAAUCACUGAGUAUUUGGGAUUGUCACAAAUUAUCAACUGUUUUUCCAUCUGAUAUACUUAAAAGAUUAUGCACAUCACUAGAAGAGUUGGAUAUAUGUCGUUGUUGUGCUGUAGAAGAGAUAUUUGAACUUGGGGAAUUGAAAGUUGAUGAGUUAUAUGGUGUAACAGACACCCAGUUAAGACAUGUGCGUCUUUGUCAACUACCAAGACUGAAGCAUGUGUGUACCGGGGAUCCUCGUGGUAUGCUUACUUUUCAAAAAUUGCAGUCUCUGAAAGCACAUAAUUGUCCGAACCUCAAAAAUUUGUUCCAAACUUCAGUGGCUAUGGAACUUCAGCAACUUGAAAUGUUGGAGUUAAUCCGCUGCGGGAUAGAGGAAGUUGUAGCAUUUGGAGAGGGAGAUGAAGCAGUUCCCACUUUUGUGUUUCCUCGUUUAUCUUCUCUUAACCUGUGGGUUCUACCAAGACUCAAAUGUUUCUACCCAGGGAAAUAUGUGACAGAGUGGCCAAUGUUAAAAAAUUUUAGAGGGUAUCAUUUAGAAGGAGUUACAGAAACAAAUGUGGAGACCCUCGGUGCAUUUCCGGUUCAACUACCGCUUUUCACCGUGGAGAGGGUCAUUCCUAGAUUGGAGAAACUAUCAUUAACAAGUGAUGACAUUGCAAUGAUAUCUACUGGCCAAUUUCCAGAAUACCUCUUCUCCAAUGUUAAAGUUCUUCGUGUUCCCUGCUACCACAGUGAAUCGACCGUUUUUCCAUUCUUCUUCAUUGAAAGAUUCUUCAAGUUAGAAAAGCUUUUUAUAGGUUGUUCUUAUUUCAAGGAGUUGUUCCCUCCUACAGCAUCCAUUGAUUGUCAGGAGAAAAAUGCAAGAUGGCAUUUACGUAUUAGAAAGUUGAAGCUGGAUAAACUUCCUAAUCUGAAGUAUAUAUGGAGUCAAGGCUCAGCAUCAGACCUGCUUGUUCAAAAUGUUGAAUCUCUUAAAGGGCUGGGAUGUGAUAACUUGAUCAACUUAUCAGAAUCUAAACCAUCUUUCCGAAAGCUCACCACUUUGUUGGUAGAAAGAUGUCAAGGGUUAAGAAACUUAUUUUCAUUUGCAACAGCCCAAAGUCUGGUGCAACUCCAAAGUAUCACUGUAGAAAAUUGCUACUUUCUGACAGAAAUAGUUGGAGGCGAAGGAGAUGGAUUAGAUUUAGAAGAUGUGAUUGUUUUCAGCAAAUUAAAAGUUUUGAAACUCAAGUGCUUAACAAGACUUGCAAGCUUCUGUUCUGCAAAUUUCACACCCGAGUUCCCAUUGUUGGAAGAAGUGAUGGUGGCUCAAUGUGCCAACUUUGAGACCUUCUGUCACGGAGUGGUGAGGACUCCAAGACUGCAGAGAAUACGAUUAACACAAGAAGAUGUUGUAGGGCGUCCGGUGGUUGAGCUGAAUAGUACCAUAAAUCAAUUGUACAAAGAAAAGGUUGGUUUCUCUGGGUUACAAUAUUUGAAGCUCACAGACUUUCCUCAGUUGGUGGAAAUAUGGAACAAGAAUCCACAAGAGAUCUUAGAUUUCAAACAACUUUGUGUCCUCGAAAUUUGUAAUUGUAGUGACUUGAAAUAUCUCUUAACACCUUCCAUGGCCUCGAGUCUCGUUUCCCUCAUAGAGAUGAAAGUGAAAAGCUGUGAAAUGAUGGAGCAAAUCAUCAUAGAAGAGGAAGCUACGGAGGUAGAGAUAAUAUUCCCACUGUUAAGAACCAUUAAUUUGGAAUCUUGUCCCAACUUGACAAGUUUCUGUGUGGGAAAUUAUAAACUCGAGUGUCCAUCAUUGUCAGAGAUGAAUUUACUUGACUGUCCCCACAUGCUUACAUUGGCCUCAACAUUUUCAACGGUGCAAGUGAAAGAGGCAGCAGGAGGGGAAAGUGCAGAAAGGAUUGGAAAGGAAGUCAUUGAUAUCCCUAUUGCACCCUUUUUCAGUGACCAGAACUGCACUUUUGAGGUUGAGUUUUCCAGCUUUCUAGCAUUGAUGCUUUCGUCGAUGAAUAUGCAACAAAUAUUCCAAAAACAACUUUUAACAAUGUCUUCAGUUGUUCAUAGUAUAAAAGAUCUGCUUCUGAAGGGAUGUGGUAAUUUGAAAUAUCUGUUUACAUCCUCAAUGAUUAAAAGUCUUGUGCAACUCCAAUCGCUUGAGAUUUGUGAUUGUGUGAUGAUGAAAGAGGUAAUAGUAAAUGAAGGAUUAGCAGGGGAAGAAAGUUUGUUGUUAGCUAAGCUUGAUACCCUAACUCUUGAAGGCCUUCCCAAACUCACAAGAUUCUGCUCUGGAAUUACUUUGAGUUUCCCUUUCUGAGAUGCCUUCAUAUAAUCAAGUGCCCUCUGUUGGAGACGUUCAUCUCCAGUUCUAAUGUUGGGGAGACGAGUCACAUGACAGAAAGUAAAAUAGUAGAAGGUAC